AUGUCAGUUUUUGAGCAAUUAUGUACCAUCACUCCAAAGAUGCAGGCAACAUUGGAAAACAUCGAUGCUACUCUGAAAAGCCAAAUACAAGAUAUAUUUGCCCCACUGCAAAAAUUCAUUGAAACUGGAGAUCGUAGUUUCUUGGAUAAGGAAUUUGAAAAGGAAAAUAUUGCAAGUAGUGCCACCAUCCAGAAAAGAACAAGGCAACAGAAACCAACCGUUUUGGAAGAAAUAUCUGAAAACUCUUUACAAUUUGAAAAUGUCAAAGUUAAACAAGAAAAAUUAUCAAUUGCAUCCUCAGAAUCUACUUGUUCUGUUUCUUCAGAGACAUUUCUCAAAGAAAUCUCUCCAAAAGGAAGGAGAACACGACAAAAGAAACCAUCCGUGUCGGAGAAUUCAGAAACACUUGUGAUAGAAACCGUGAAGGUUAAAAAGGAAAAGAUUUCAACCAUUAUGCCCCCUUCAAGUUCUCAUGGUACUUGCACCUCUGAAGCAACACUUACAGAUGCCGAUAUAGAAAUUAAGAAGGAAGAUAUGCCAGCUCCAAGAAAGUUGCCACCUCGGAAGAAGAAGAUCAAACCUGAACUGGAAGAAACUCAAAAGAGAUCUACUCGAGCUUUCGAAAGAGGAAAACAAUCUGAUGUGAUUUUACAAAAUACCACGAUUACCAAAAUUGACAUAACGGAAACCGAUUCAGAUACAUCCUCAGAAAAAAAAUCUCAUGUCAAACCUGAACAACCUGUCCAACAAAAUAUGAGAGCUACUAGGUCUAAAGUGAGGCAGAGAAAACCCUCAUUAGAAUCACAGUCUGAUAACGAAAAAGUUGAAACUUCUGAACCAGAAAUUAAGAAAGUACGAAGCACUCGUACCAAGACUCUCAGACAAAACAAGAGGAAUAGGUCGCAUUCUGAGGAAUUGGAAGCUAUGAAGAAUGAAAAAAAAAAAUCCAAAUCCAGUACGUCCUCGGAUACAGAAGACAACAAAUCGGCGCAAACCGAGUACGAAGAUGCGGUAUCGACGAUGGAAACCAAUGAAACGGAGCCCCAAAGCAAAGCUGACGCCACCUACGUAGCCAAAUCAGAGCCCCAAUCGGCUGUCCUCAAUCAAACCGUGGUGAUAGAGAAGCCCAAAGUGGUGCAACCAAGUGAUAACAAAGAGGUGGUGAAGGAAAAUGGAGUGAGAACUCCUCCCAGGCCGAAAUCGAAGAAGCAAACUAAGGAAAUAUUUAGUCCGUUCGAUAAGACGCCUCUCAAGAAAAAGGUCGAGGCGUUUGAGAAACUUGAGGCUGCUGCAAUGCAGCAGGGUGAGGCCCAAAACGCGAAAGGCAAUCCUAAAUCGGAGACGAAAACGUCCACCGGCCGUCCUAAAUCCAAGCUCGUAACGCCGUUCACCUCGAGGUUCAUGCCGAAAACGUGCAGCACCAGCAAGAUCAACAAACUCUAUCCCGGCAACAAGCUGGACACAUCCACGAGCGGCGACAGCGCCCUCUCGGCGAAAUCCGUCAGCGUGCUCAAAGCGUCGCAGGCGGAAUUCAGGGAGAGGGAGAAACGGCGACAGGAGAAGGAGCGUGAGGCGUUGAAGAAGCGAGAGGCCCUGCUGGCGGCGCAAGCGGAGGAGAAGAAGAGGAAGAGAGAGGAGAAACAGUUGAAGGCCCAACAACAGAGAGAACUCUUGGAAAAGGACAAACAGAAGCAAUUAGAGGAACAACAACGUAAGGAUGAGGAGAAAUAUAAACAAGCUAUUGCUGAGAAACAAGAAAAAAUGCAGAAACAGAGGGAAGAAGCAGAAAAGAAGAGACUCGUUGCAAAGGAGAAAGCCCAACUUAUUAAACUCCAAGAAGAGAGAGAUGCGAAAGAAGCUGCAGAGAGAGAUGCGAGAGCAGCUGCCAAGAAAGAAGAGAAAUUGAAAUCGCAUAAAGCGAAACAGCACGGACUGCCUGUAUACAUGGUCAGCAAACCGCCAUUAUUGCCUACAGACGACUGUUAUGAUUCAGAUUGUUCAGAUUAUGGGGCGGACUACACUACACCUGAAUGGGCCAAAGAAAAAGCACUGGAAAAGAAGCAAAUGGUACAGAUUGUUGCCCAAGAAAAAUUGAAAAACACAUUUUUCUGUCGAAAAACACAUACGCCAGAUUUACAAGAAAUAUUCGAAAUUAUCGAUCCUAGAAAAUUGAAGAGAACUUCUAGCGCUGUCUGGAAGAAACCACCAAGGUACACUCUGUUCUCCGUGACAAGCAUAGUUCAGUUCAGUGAUGAUGAGGAUGUCGACGUGUAGUAUGUGUUCAUUUUUUAAAUAUUUAUUUAUUCAUAGGCAACCCCAUUUUAUGAACUUUUUAACUAUGUUCAUCAAAUUGUUCUAAGGCUAACAACCAUUACUAUUAAAGCGUAGAACCGAAUACACAUGGGUCCAAUCUAAUUUCAUAAUGAAAAUGAAUCAGCAUUCUAAAUGUAGUUGAAGAUUUGAUGAAUUUGUACCUGUGAGAACUGAAGAGUGGGGGAUCAAAGUAGUGAAUAUCAGAUCUGGGAAUUUGAUAAUUCAAAAUAUGAAAAUGCUUCUAGUUCUGAACAGUUUUUCAUUCCUAAUAAUCCUAAUUCCAGUGAGAGUCAGAUCCGUAGCGAUAUUCGUUUUUGUGUUGGUGAAAGUUCAACUUUUGAGUAGGCAGAGGCGUACAAAAAUUAUAAGUUAGCAUUAAGUUUGGGGAGUUUAUCAAGAAAUAACAAAAAUAUUUGUCUGAAUACUAUUUAAACACAGUUGUCGAAAAACGUUUGUAUAUCGUAAAUGAUUAUAUUAUAUACUAUAUUUUAUAUUCAUGACUGAUCAGCCAUAACAUAAUGGCAAUGAAUAAUGUACCGGGGGACCCGUUAUAAAGUACCACCCUCUAUAACUCUUUCAUUUUCCACAGAAGAAAAAAAUGUACAACGGCUUUACAGGGGAUUCUUCUUCUUGAAUCAUUAUAUGAGAAACUAUACUGGGAGCAGCAAAAAGUGUAUGAACUUUAGAGAAUUUGAAGAGUUCAAAGAGUUCUCCAAAAAUACCCUACUCAAUAUAAUGAUCUCCUAUUAUACUCAAAUUAUGGGCAUCCAAACUAACAGAGUUUGAUCGAUUUUUGGGCGAUCUUCAAGAGAAGGUCAUGACAAUGAUUGCAAAUACAGGUAUAUUCGCUAUACUAUAUAUAGAGAAAGUUGAAUCAGUUCAGCGGCGUUUCCUAAAACUUCUUUAAUGGAUACAUGAUAAAUUACUAGCUAGACAUGCCAUGAAAAACCUGUGCUGGGUUGUCAAUACACAGUGUUUCUAUUCAAAAUAAUUAAUAAUAUUAUCAGUGACUCAUAUGUUUUCCAAAAGCUUAGUUUCACUGUUUCUAGGCAACCUCUAGAGUGGUCGAUACAUUUUAUCUCCCGACAUUACGUACAAAUAUUUUGAAAUACAAUAACUCAUCAGAUAAUCAGCUAGACAGCUUUCAUUGUUUUAUCUCAGCGAUUAAGUCUUUGUACUUUAGUUAAGAUUCUGUAAUUCUGAAACUAUAAAAAUCUCUAUAUUAGUAGUGACUUCUAUUCCUGUUCUGUAGUUGGGUAUGACCUGUAGAACAGAGUAAUAAUAAAUAAAUAAAGAAAUAAAUAAAUAAAUUUCGCUACCUAUGAUAUUUAAUUAUCAUUGGUGGUGAUCACAGAAAAUCAAAAUUGUAAUCAUUGUCAUGGUCUACUCUUGAAAAUCAUUCAAAAUCGAUCAAACUGUUAGUUUUGUAUAUUUUGAGAAAUACAGAAGAUAAAUAUAAUAUUUUUUGAAUUGACUCGGCCGUUACUUGAUAGAAAUCGGUGGCAAAUGUAAAAACUUCACAGACGAUAAGAUUUCCACAAAAUUCUCAAACACACCAUAUUUUUCGCUAACACAGCAGCUUCGUCAGGUGAUAUACUGGUACAUUGAACUGAAGUGUGUGUGUUUGAGAAUUUUGUGGAAAUCUUAUCGUUGGUGAAGUUUUUACAUAAAUACAGGGUGAUUCACAUAAGAACCGACAUAGAGCAGGGGCAUGUAGGAGGUCCCAAAAUAUGGCAAUUUAACGCAACUUACCUCUAUACCAAGUUGCUUCCCUAA